AUGCGUUUCUUUACUGUCGCAUUUCUCGGCCUCGCUGCCUCUGCCCUCGCGAAUCCGGUGCCGGGACCGCACACCGACUUGGACAAGUCUUGCCACGGCUGCAUUCCCCAAAAGGAUGCCAACGAAAUCAUCGACGCCUACAAGAGGCUCAUCGGUGCAUUCAACGUCGAGGACGCCAACAAGUACUUGGCGGACGACUGGGUAGAUGUCAGCCAGUCCAUCAACACCUUCAUCGGCAAGCCUGAAAACGCCCCAACCUUCAACAAGACGUCUUUUAUUGUCUCUCAAAGCAACCCGCAGACUCCGGCGGCACUGCUCGAAAUCGCAGAUGACUCCACCAUCGUCACCUGCAACAAGAUUGUCAUUGUCUGGAAGGGUACCUUCGGAAAGGGCGUGCCUGUGAGGGGUAUCAGCAUUAUCGAGGUGGUGAAGCAGGGCGGACAAUGGCAGAUGCAGCAUUGGGACGUCGAAUUCAACUCCCUCAACUGGCUCGAAAACAUGGGCGGCUCCUACUGCGUUCUAGGAAGGCCCGUAGGUAAUCCCGCAGCCUGCCCCCACCUACCAACUAAACCCGGGCAUGGCGUUCGCAAUUGCCUGUCCCAAUCUCGGAGCAUGCCGGGUGGCGGAGAAGGCCCCGAGCGAUUCGCCGGUGGCUCAUUCGCCCCGAGAAUGUUCAUCUUGUGUUGA